GGUGCGGCGGAGGCAGGCGGGCAGGGCGAUGCUGGGUCCGCGGCUCCUGCUCCUGCUGCCCUUCCUGGCCGCCCCGGCCGCGCACUCCGGGGGGUCUUCCCGGGAGGAGGAGGAGGAGGAGAAGGAAGACCCCCACCACGCAGCAGGCCCCCCUCACCAUGGAGACCCCCACCACUGGAGCUACACAGACAAGGCCAACUGGAGCUCCGCCUUCCCUUUCUGUGGGGGGCACCUGCAGUCCCCCAUCGACAUCGAGACCGGCGCGGCCAUCUUCAGCCCCCAACUGACCCCCAUCCUGCUCUCCGGCUACGACCUGCCACCCGACAUGCAGCUGCAGCUGAAGAACAACGGACACACAAUUGUGCUGGACCUGCCCAGGAGCCUGUCUGUGUCCGGCGGGGGCUUCCCCUUCCCCUUGCAGGCGGCCCAGCUGCACCUGCACUGGGGGUCCCAGCCCGGCCUGGGGGGCUCCGAACACACCGUGGACGGGCACCGCUUCGCCGGAGAGCUCCACGUGGUCCACUACGACUCCCGCUUUGGCAGCUUCAAGGAGGCGGCAAAGGAGCCCGGGGGGUUGGCGGUGCUGGCCGCCUUUCUCCAGGUGGGCUCCGAGGAGAACGCCCCUUACCAGCACAUCCUGGAGCACCUGGGCGCCAUCCAGGAGGAAGGGCAGGAGACACUGGUGGGGGGCUUCGACGUGGCCCAGCUGCUGCCCCCGGACCUGGGGCGCUACUUCCGCUACAACGGCUCGCUGACCACCCCGCCCUGCUUCCAGACCGUCAACUGGACCAUCUUCAACCAGACCCUCCGCCUCUCCCCACAGCAGAUCACGGUUUUGGAAGACACGCUUCGGGGUGACGGAGACCACCCCCUCCACGGCAACUUCCGCCUUCCGCAAGACCUCUACGGCCGGACCGUGCUGGCCAGCUUCCCUGGGGGCCACUCUGCCAGAAGGGUCCCGCUGCCCGCAGGGCCAGCCCAAGGUGAGGGGGCUCCCCAUAGCAGCCCGGAGACCACCGAGAAGCCCCCAGAGGAGGAAGGUGAUGGAGCGGCAUCAGGAGAAGGUGGAGGGCAACCCCAUAGCCCCCCAGAAGAUGCAUCAGGGGGAGACCCUGGCCCAGCGCCGCCUGAGGACGGAGGUUCUGCCCUCAAGGAGACCCCAGAAGAAGAAGGCGGCCACGGAAUGGCACCGGGAGAAGACGUAGGGCAACCCCGAAGUCCCCCAGGAGGGACAUCAGAGGCAGGCCCUGACCCAGCACCACCUGAAGAAGGGAGCAACCGGGCCUCAGGUUCAGGGACUGCCCAGCAGACCGCGUCCGGGAUUCAGGCAGGAGGUGUCCUGGCCAUUCUCUUCGGCGUCCUCUUCGGCCUCACGGCCCUCGCCUUCUUCCUUUAUGUCCGAAAGCACCGGAAGCAAAGGCUGGCUGCUCAGUCCGGGAAGCCCUCCGUCAUCUACACUCCGGCCGCCAAGACCGAGGAGAAUACCGUUUAGGCCACUGAGGCCAAGACCUGAAGCAAGCAGGGAAGGGGGCUCAUGGGACUUCCCUCCCUCCCAGUACCUCCUGUCCCCUUGACCCCAAGGCAAGGGACACAUGGCCAGGGCUUUAAGGGGGGGUUGCUGCUGUGGCAUGGAAGACCCCCCCCCCUCUGAAUGGGGGCUCCGUUAGCUCUUCUCUCCUCCCCUUAGCUGCACCAGGAAUCUCCAUUGGGAGUGCAGGGGGGCAGUGGUGGCCAUGAGAUGACCUCCACUCCCCGACCCACAACCCCAACCUUGGUUUCUCAGGGAACCCCCAAACUGGGACACCCACCCACACACAUAUACACAUCUGUUACUCAUUGAAGCACCAAGGAGCAAUCUCCCUUGGAAUGCAGCCCAACCUAGAGUAGACCACCUUGACCAAGGUUUGCCCACCAUGGGACUCCUCUCUCCACCACUGAGGCAGGAAGCUUGUUCUAGAUAGAACUUGCACCCCGAGGAAUCUGACGGUUGUGGCCACAAUGCAAUGCUAUGCUGUAUCUGCAAAGGCACCAUGCUCCACCUCAUUCUCCCCAGUCAUACCUCACCUAGGGUCACACUGUGUCCAUCUCUGGGCAGCCACUUCAAGGUCACCAACAUAUUGUUGAAGACAAGGGAGCAUGACUAGAUGAGGAAGGUUCCCCUUGUUUUUGAGUGGAAAGAGCCACUGCCCACCUUGGUUUGACCACCUUGGUGCUUGGCCCUUGCCCAUCCUAUUGGCCACUUCCAAAGAACUCCACAUGGUUAGCAAGAGAAGCUCCCUGCUCUCCUUUCCCGCAAUGCUGCCUCACAUAGAUUGCUUUUUGAUACCUCUGGGACACUAGCCGUGGCUUGAUGAAGUGGCCAAAGCGGUCUGGGCAGGGCCAGGCUGACCCUCAUAUGGCCAAGGUUGGCCUAUUCAAAACAAACCAGUUAACAAUGGAUAAAACCAUGACCAUGGACAAUGCAGCAGACUUCUAGGUGGCAUCUGACCCUGGCCAAGCAGCGGGGCUUUGGGGUGGGGAGACAUUUACAUCACUAUUUGAACUGAGAAGAACCUUUUCGUGGAAAAUGAUCUUUCAUGGCAAAUUUUUAAAAAUACAAAACUUG